AUUAACUUGAACUUCACUCAAGUGAUCACAAUGAGGUAUCGCGUAGGUGUGCUAUUAGAUCUUUUAAAGAUGGCUGCGAUCACUUUAUGUACUUGCAGAACUGUGUUCCGUCGAGUUAGGGCCUUGCAUACCGGGGCAGUCCAAAAUGCUGAAGCCAGACUUAAGACUUUUUCAAUUUAUCGUUGGAAUCCAGACAAACCUGAUGAGAAACCAUAUAUGCAAAAAUAUAAAAUUGAUCUGAAUGCUUGUGGUCCAAUGGUGUUGGAUGCACUAAUUAAAAUUAAAAAUGAAAUGGAUCCAACUUUGACAUUCCGACGUUCUUGCCGUGAAGGUAUUUGUGGUUCUUGUGCUAUGAAUAUUGAAGGAACAAACACAUUGGCAUGCAUCAGCAAAAUUGAUACAAACACAAGUACAUCAUGCAAAGUUUAUCCUUUACCACACAUGUACAUUGUCAAAGAUUUAGUGCCGGACUUAAAUAAUUUCUACACUCAGUAUCGCAAUAUACAGCCCUGGCUGCAACGUUCAGACACAAAAGAGACAGGCAAGCAACAAUAUUUGCAGAGUGUAGAAGAUCGAAAAAAGCUGGAUGGUCUCUACGAAUGCAUUCUCUGUGCUUGCUGCAGUACCUCUUGCCCGUCCUAUUGGUGGAAUGGUGAUAAAUAUUUAGGCCCUGCAGUACUUAUGCAAGCCUACAGGUGGAUCAUUGAUUCGCGGGAUACACAGGCAAAGGAACGUCUGGAGAAACUGAAAGAUCCGUUUUCAGUUUUCCGUUGUCAUACGAUCAUGAAUUGCACGCAUACUUGUCCAAAGGGCCUGAACCCCGGCAAAGCGAUAGCGAAACUCAAGAAAUUGUUGGCCAAUGCCGCCAGUCAGAAGCAGCAACCGAGUCUUAGCUGAAUGAUGCCUUCAUAUCUAAGAAGAACUAAGUAGAAUUAACGAUUUCUAUAUACUCGUCUGUGUUGCGUUACUACGUGCAGCGAACGUGUGUAGUUAGUGUGAUAUUUCAUACAACAAUCGCUGAUGUACGUAUCUACGAAAAUAGCGGACGAAACGUCUUCUAAAAAAUUAGGGGAUCGAUCACGCUCUACUUGUAAAUAAAAAGGAGUUUCCCAUACGGAA